AGGGGGUAUUUGGAUCACGUCGUCAUGCACAAACGACGCUCUACUCGUCAGUCAGUCGCUUGCCGAUUGUGAGAAACGUACGGAGGUGUUAUUAUGUCAGAAGUAUUCAAACUGGGUGAUCUUGUAUGGGCGAAGAUGAAAGGAUUUUCGCCUUGGCCUGGUCGGGUGUCUAAUCCUUCAAAGGACUUAAAGAAACCAACAAAUACUAAGAAGGGACCAGUUCAAUGUAUUUUCUUCUUUGGAACAAAUAAUUACGCAUGGAUAGAAGAAUCUAAUAUAAAACCAUAUCUAGAAUACAAAGAUACUCUUGUAAAAUCUAGUAAAUCUGGUGCAUUUAAAGAUGCAGUAGAAGCAAUAGAAGAAUUUAUUGCUAAUGGAGAGGUAUUUGAAGAUGGCUUAGACCCAGACUCUUUAUUCGACAGACUUAAAGAAGAAAGUAUAUCUGAGAAGAAGAAUAUAGUAAAGACACCUAAACCUCGUAAGGAAACACCAAAAACUAAAAGAUUGGACUCUAGUGCAAGUGAAGUUCGUCGUCCAGCCAAAAAACAACGAAGAGAAUCAAGUACAAGUAAUAGUAAUAGGGUUGGCAGCAUUAGUCCUGCAUUAAACCAUUCAACUCCUGUUAGAAAAUCGGGAUCAACUCUUCUUAACAGGCCCGCGAAUAUUGCUAGACCUGUAACACCUCCUUUGGAUGUGGAAACAAUGUCGCAAACGCUUAAAGAGAAGAACAUCCUUCCAUCAACCUUGAAAUUUGGAUUCCUUGGUUUGGGAAUAAUGGGAAGCGGUAUCGUAAAAAACCUGAUCAACAGUGGACACAGCGUGAUUGUGUGGAAUCGAACACAGGAGAAGUGCGCAGAUUUCGUAAAAGCUGGGGCAGAACAAGGUUUAACACCAUCCGAUGUGGUUCUUGCCGCCGAUAUUACGUUUUCUUGUGUAGCCGAUCCUCAAGCAGCUAAAGAUAUGGUAUUUGGAAAUUGUGGAGUUCUCACAGAAAUAUCUCCAGAGAAAGGAUAUGUAGAAAUGACUGGUAUAGAUGCAGAAACAUCACAAGAUAUCGCUGAGGCAAUAACUGCAAAAGGUGGCCGCUAUUUAGAGGCUCAAGUACAGGGUAGCAAAACUCAAGCACAGGAAGGUACAUUGGUGAUCCUUGCGGCUGGUGAUCGAACUCUAUUCGAUGAAUGCCAAUCUUGCUUCGAAGCAAUGGGAAAAAAUAGUUUUUAUCUUGGUGAGGUCGGCAAUGCUUCCAAAAUGAAUCUUGUGCUUCAGUUAAUGGCAGGAGUCACUCUUGCUGGUUUGGCCGAGAGCAUGGCUUUAGCAGAUCGUGCUGGCCUUCAGCAAAAGGACGUACUUGAGGUUUUAGAAUUAACAUCAUUGGCUUGUCCUGCUAUUCUUGACAAAGGGAAAGCUAUCAUCGAAGGUGGAUUUCCUACACAGUUACCACUUCAACAUAUGCAAAAAGACUUAAGACUUUCUUUAGGUAUGAGCGAUCAAUUAGAACAGCCAUUACCAUUGGCUGCUGCAGCGAAUGAAGUCUACAAACACGCUAAACGUCUUGGUUACGGAGAACAUGAUGCUUCUGCUGUUUACAUCAGAGCCAGGUUCUAACGGAGCAUGCAUCGUCAAGCUUUUGCUAUACCAUAUUUAUUGCAAUAUCUAACGUUGUUUCCCGUCGCUACCAGAGAAGAGUAGUGUGCUAUUUGUUAAAGGGAAUAGUGGAAAACCACUGUGAAUCACUAAAAAAAAUGCACCGUGAUAUUUCUUAACAUGUUAAAUAGAUUUGUCAGAACAGAAUUGUUCUGUUCCUUUUGAAAUCAAUGCAGAUGAAUCCGAUGGAUUUGGGUGGAUAAUAGCAGUAAUGUUGAUGUAUACAGGCCUCGUCGUUCGUUUAAUGCGACGAAUAUGUAAACUAUAAAUGUAUAUGUAAUUUUUUUUUUUUACAUGUUUUUUCAAGAAAACUUUUUGCGUAUACAUAGAUGAAUACUUUUUCUUUUUUUUUUUUUUUUUUUUUCCGUAUUAUUUUAACGCAUGGCGACUACUUUUCUCGAGACAGCGUGGGUCUUGAAUAGUCGAUCUCUCGAGUCGCUUUCCGACUUCGAUUCCAUAAAACGCACCCCUCACUUGAAAACUUGAGAGACUUGGGACGUGUCGAAAAUGUGCCUUACAAUACUAUUCGAACAAGGCUUUCGAAUUUCUUCUUCUUUUCUUUUCUUUUCUUUUCUUUUUCUUUUUUUUUUUUAUAUUGGUUAAGCUGCAAGGCAAAACUUUGAAUAUAUUUUAAGUAGUAUAAUACAACUGAAUUCAGUUUACAUACUGACAAUUUACGGGACGUUAUAUGAGAAUACGACAAUUGUUAGAAAUAAAAAAUAUGAUGAAGAUAGAUACGCUUUAUUGGUGCAAUUAUAAGAUAUAUAGAAUUGAGGACAAGAUUCUCGAUUUUAUAAAAAAAAUUUGGCAGUAUUUUAGAAGCGUCCGUUGAAUGAAGCGAACUGAUGAUAGAAAAAGAUGACCAACCUUUUUUUUAUGUUUUUUCUUUAAAAUCAUUAUUUUACUUAUAUGUUAAAGAGAAAAUUUUACAUUUUAAUCGUGUAUGUUUACAAUAAAUUAUAGAGAUUAUUUACAAAUAUUUACUCAAUAUGACCUUGUAGAAAAAUUUGAAAAAAAAAAAACGUGUUGGUCAAUUUUCGUCAUCAAAUCAUUCGUCCUGGGAAACUUCUGAUAUAUCGCCAUUGUAAUUUCAGUCUUGAAUAACAAUUAGAGACUUUUUUGCGCUUAGCGUGAUUUCGGUAUUUUGUUUUUAUCGACGUGGCUCUUUAUAAAUUAAGCCGAAAAUAGCGUAAAAUGAUUCGUAUAUCUAUAUAGAGUCAUUAAAAUGAAAAUGAAAACAAAUUAAAAAUUAAUAUAUAUAUAUAUACGUAACAGUAUAAAAGAGGCUUUUCGGACCUACUAGUGUCCCUCUAAUUAUUAUUAACUUUUAAGAUUAAAUCAAUUACUUAUAAAACGUAGAUUUGCAUUAAAUGUUGGCAUGGCAUAGGGCGUGACGUAUAUCUAACAAAAACAUUUUUAUCCAUAAUUAUUUCAAAAAUUACAUUAAAUGAAUAAUAAUAUAUUUUAUAUUGCUAUAACUUUCACAAGAUUUUUUGUUUCAUAUGAUAAAAGAAAAUUAUUAUUUCUAAUAUGAACAUCUUUCCAUUAUUCAUGAUUUUCUACUGACUUUCAUAAUUGAUAAUAUCGCAUGAAUUAAUGGAUAUGUCGGAAUGCUUCUCGGAACGAUUUCCACAAAUCACGUGCUCUUGUUCUCUCUCAUGUAUACAUACUUAAGAUCAUUUUACAAAAAAAGAAGGGAAUCGUUUGGAUGAGAAGGGAAGUGAGUGGCGCUUCCGUUUCCCAGGACGGUCGUGCGAGUCUCACAAGUGACACGCGACGAAGUCGAGGGCGACUGAAAGGUUGCCAAUUUGUUUUAGAGCCAAUCAUACGAGUUUGUCUUUACUAGUAACGAGAAAUUAUCAAGAUUCUCUUUCUCUUCAUAAGAGGUGAGAAAAUAGUUCGAUUUGCAAAUUUUCGUCCGCUAAAGGUCGAUAAAUAUUUUUCUAGAAACAGUUUAACAUUAAUAGAAUGAAUAUGAUAUUGAUUUUAACGAUAAAUCGAUACGUGUGCUCUAGAAAUUUUUUAUGUGAUUUCUUUUAUCAAUUAUGAGUGGAAACUCGUGUCAUUUGCUCGUUCACAAAAACAAACUCUUGGGUACGUGGGAAAUUGCGUACCGUAUAACAGUGGCUAAGCGCCCAUAUCACAUACUGUAUAUGUAAUUAGACUAUCGAUAGUUCUAAUGUUACAAUAAUACAUUGUAUACAUAGCAUCAUUGAAUUGUUUCAUAGUAAUGAAAAUGCAUGGUAGUGAAGAUUUCUCGUAAAAUGAAUAUACAAUGCAUGAGAGAUAUAUAUAUAUAAGUGGAGAUAUAAUACAGAUCAUUCUUGCAAGAAAUAGUUUUUUAAUUGUAUUUAAAAAUAUACUUUUGGAAUAUAAUACCACGAUGUAAUGUUACGAAUAUUAUGAAACACAAUUUAAUAGAAAUUAAAAAGUUCAAUUAUAUAUAUUUGUUUAUUUAUUCAUUUUUUAUUUAUCAGUUAGCAAUUACUAAUAUUACUAAUGUUAAAAAAAAUACUAUUAUAUACAGCUAUUACUAUUUCACCACAAAAAAAUCAAUUGUAAACGUGAAAUAACUUUAUACAUAUAUUUGUAAUAUCGCAUACUAUUUUAGAUUGGAACUUCAUUACCAUGCGUUUAUUUUGUAUGCGUUAACAACAAUUUAAUGAUACUAUAUGUGUACACGUAUAAGAUGAAACAAAAAAUGAUUAAUAAAUAGAAAAAAAAUAUUAAAUAUUGUAUAAGCAAACAUAAAGAAAAAUAUAUAUAUACAUAUAGCUAGUAAAGAGUAUAAAUCACAGAGAGAGGGAGGAAUUCGUAUGAGUGCGAUUGAAUGAGUGAGAGUACGUCAUGAGCAUUGCGUCAAUAAUUGACGUUAUAUGUUUUGCCACGAAAUACACUGGUUUUUGAAUAAAUAUCUAUUUGAAUUA